AUGGAGCGUAGUCAGAGUCUGGAGGAGCAGCUCAGAUGUCCCGUCUGUCUGGAUGUCUUUACUGAACCUCUGAUGUUACAGUGUGGACACUCCUACUGCAGGUGUUGUGUGCGGUCCAUGACAGUGGACGAGCUUGGUCAGCUGCAGUGUCCUGUGUGUCGCUGUGCUGUAGACGGAGACAGUCCUCCUCCGAACGUCAGUUUAGCUCGGAUCAUUGAAGCACUGCAGGAAGUGAGUGUUUCAGGUGGAGAUCAACAAGAUUUUUGUCCUCAGCACCACAAUCCUCUGAGCCUUUACUGCGAGGCUGAACAGGUCUUGAUCUGUGGCCUUUGUGGAAGCAUUGGUGCUCACCGCGGACACAAAAUCACACCUGUGAGCUCUGUCUACAGCCGCAUGAAGGAGGAUAUUUCUUGUCUGAUGACAGAGUUCCAGCAUCAAAGGCGUAUACUGGAGGAUCAGAUUUGUAAAAUGGCAUACAACAAAUCCAGGAUCAUUAACGAGUCAGACGUAAUGAAAUGGGUGAUUAGGAAGGAGUUUGGUGAACUUCGGCGCUGCCUGGAUGAGGAGGAGGUGGGGUUCAUGCAGCAGGUGGAAACGUCAGCCACUGCCCUCAUUGCAUCUCUGCAGAAUCAGAAAGACCAGUUAAACCAGAACCUGAACCGUCUAGAGAAAGCCCAGAAUACCCUGCAGGACCUGAGUGACGAGGGGCACCUGGACUUCAUCACGGUGCUGUCAAGUGUUUGUAGCCUCAUUGUUCUGUUUUCAGUUUAUCAUGUAAUUAUUCUAGACAAAGUUGAUCCCAAGACGUUCAAAGAGAGUCAUGCGCUCCAACAGAAAGGCAACAGAAUCUUCAGCUCUUUGAACUUCAAACCAGGUUUCAACCAAAACGACAUAAAACUCACUGUCUGGAAGAAACUACAUCGAAAAGUCCUGCCAGCACCAGAGCUGUUGAAACUGGAUCCUCAGACUGCUCACCCGAUGCUAGAGCUUCGUCAUGGAGACACUGUGGUGGUCUGUGGGGCUCUGCUUCAAAGGCUGCCUGAUAAUCCAGAGAGGUUUACCUACAGCUACUGUGUCCUGGCCAACCGAGGCUUCUCCUCCGGGAAGCACUACUGGGAGGUGGAGGUGGGCAACAAAGCGAAAUGGCGUCUUGGUUUGAUCAAAGGAACAACCAAUCGUAAGGCCAAGCUUGUGAAGAGCCCAGAGAAUGGUGUAUGGUUGAUUGGGCUGAAGGAUGGUGUUUAUGAAGCCUUCACUUUACCCAGGAUGGUUUUGCCAGUGUCUACACCCCCUCACCGGGUGGGACUAUUCCUGGACUAUGAGGGCGGGGGUCUGACCAUCUAUAAUAGCGACAGUCCAGAUGAGCUGGGCUUCAUCUACAACUUCAGGCUGCAGAUCCAGGGGAAAGUCUACCCCCUGCUGGAUGUCUGCUGGCAUGAAAGAGGAGGCAACAAACAGCCCCUGGUCCUCACUUAUCCUCAGCAGGAGCACUGUGAAGUUUACUAA